CGCUCUCUUCGAUGGGAUUCGCCGCUUGGCCGCUUGGCUUCGAAGGGAGAGAUGCUCUAUCCCCGGCCCACCUGCAUCCCCCCCUCUUCUAUUCGACAAUCCACCCUGCAGAUCACCGCAUUUAGGGUUAUUUUCUUCUCCUCUCUUCUGCCUCAUGGCGUUGGAACCAUCCGGGGCCAACAAUCUGGGCCUGGGCGAAUCAGGUCGUACCGGUCCGCCCGCCGUUACCCAAGGCUUUUGGCUGCCUCCGACUGGUUCCAAGCUUCAACAAGAUUCACUGCCCCCGGAUUCUGUAUGACUAUAAGUAACACUGUAACCUCUCUCUGCAGACAUGUAGACUGUAGACCUCUCUCGUAACAUCGAUCAUCUGCAUCAGAUUUUUUUGCUUUUCCUCUCUCCGUCCCACUCGGGAUCACUCCCCAAGCACUUCUCUCCUCCUUCUUCCCCCUUUGUUUAUCCUUCACAUCUGUGGCAAUGGCCACCAAAUCUGAUCCGCCCACAAAAGACCUCAUUGCAGAUGGUCGGUCCUCCAUCCAAGGGGUCUCCCACCAUGCCGAAGAUAUCGUCGACGGCCGGGAGCCUUACGGCCCCCCCGGGAUCCGGGGUCUCAUCGCCAAUCCCUUUGUGCUCCUGUGUGCCGGAUGCUCAACCCUGGGAGGUCUGCUCUUCGGGUAUGACCAGGGUGUGGUCUCCGUGAUCCUAGUCAUGGAGCAAUUCCUGAAGCGCUUCCCCGAGGUAGCGGAGGGACACUCCGGCUCCGGGUUCUGGAAAGGAUUGAUGACCGCAAUGAUUGAGUUGGGAGCCCUCAUUGGCGCAUUGAACCAGGGUUGGAUCGCGGAUAAGAUUUCGCGACGCUACUCCAUCAUCGUGGCAGUGAUCAUCUUCUUGAUCGGUUCUAUCCUGCAGACGGCGGCGAUGGACUAUGCCAUGCUGACAGUUGCCCGGUUUAUUGGUGGUCUGGGGAUCGGCAUGUUGUCCAUGGUGGCCCCAUUGUACAUCUCGGAGAUUAGCCCUCCCGAGUGUCGCGGUACCCUCUUAGUGCUGGAGGAGUUCUUCAUUGUGCUGGGAAUUGUCAUCGCGUACUGGAUCACCUAUGGCACGCGAUACAUGGCCGGCGAAUGGGCCUGGCGCCUGCCGUUCCUGCUUCAGAUGGCCCCUGCUAUUAUCUUGGUGGCUGGUGUCAUUGUCUUGCCUUUCUCGCCGCGGUGGCUGGCCUCCAAGGGAAGAGAGGAGGAAGCCCUACAGAGUCUGUCGCGACUGCGGCAACUGCCUGCGACGGACAAGCGUGUGCGCCAGGAGUUUAUGGAUAUCAAGGCCGAAGUACGAUUUCACCAGGAGAUCAACGCGCAGAAGCAUCCCAAUCUCCAGGGUGGCGGACUCAAGAGCUCGCUGCUGUUGGAGAUGGCCGGCUGGGCGGACUGUUUCAAGAGCGGGUGUUGGCGGCGAACCCAUGUGGGUGUCAUGCUCAUGUUCUUCCAGCAGUUCGUUGGAAUCAAUGCCCUCAUCUACUACUCUCCGACCCUAUUCGAGACCAUGGGUCUCGACUACGACAUGCAACUUCUCAUGUCCGGAAUCCUCAACGUCCUGCAGCUGGUCGGUGUGGCCACGACAAUCUGGACGAUGGACAGCAUUGGCCGUCGCCCGUUGCUUCUCUGGGGCGCCGCCAUCAUGGCUCUCUGCCACAUCAUCAUCUCCGUCCUGGUCGGCCUUUACUCGGACAACUGGCCUGCUCACCGGGGCCCCGGCUGGGCCAGUGUAGCUCUUCUUUUCGUGUACAUGAUUGCCUUUGGGGGAUCAAUUGGUCCUGUUGGCUGGGCUAUGCCGUCCGAAAUCUUCCCCUCUUCGCUCCGCGCCAAGGGAGUGGCCCUCUCCACCUGCUCCAACUGGCUCAAUAACUUCAUUAUCGGCCUGAUCACUCCACCCCUCAUCCAAGACACCGGCUACGGUGCCUACGUCUUCUUCGCCGUCUUCUGUGUCCUCACCUUCCUGUGGACCUUUUUCUUCGUGCCCGAGACGAAAGGGCGCACCCUCGAGCAGAUGGACCACAUCUUCAAGGACAAUUCCAGCGAGGCCGAUCGGGACCUUCGACGGGCGGUCGAGGCUCGGAUACUGCAGGAGGAGGAGGAGGCGGAGGAGACCCAAGGCGCUUCUGUUUGAGCAGAUCUGGCAGUCUAGCCCUCUGUCCUCGUCUCAUCAGGG